UGGUAGAGGUUAGAGGGGCAAAUUUAAGCCAAACAAGUUCUUCCAUUCGUAAAAGUAAGAAAAGAAAAGAUUGUCUGGGACUCUGGGGCGAUGAUGGUGGGAAAUUCUUAAAAGCCUCCAACCCCCAACACCCUGUUAGGUAGCUGGCACAUCCAUGCAUUUAUACCUCCUCCUCCCCACCUGUCCUGUUUGUGGCCUGUAUAUAACCCUGUGGAUUCCCUAUAUGUCCCUCGUCCUCCUUCAGAAUCUCGAUGACUAACCAAACCCUAUAGGCAUCGAUGACAGAAACCAACGACCAAGGACGUGAUCCUAAGGGUAGAAGAAGGUGUUUCGUUGUUGGUGGGGUGAUUCUCCUCUUGCAGUUGCUGCUAUUCAUUAUUUUUCUUAUCCUAGCAUUGACAGUCUUCAAGCCUAAAGCGCCCCAAACCCAGCUGCUAUCAGCUACCCUCGAAGGCAUCUCUCCUCGCAUCUCAUUCCCUGUUGUUAAUAUCCAACUUAACAUCACCCUCAACCUAACGCUCCUCGUCAAGAAUCCUAACCAUGUCAGCUUCAAGCACGGGCCCGGAAAGAGCUACCUUCUAUAUCGAGGCGAUGAGGUGGGAGAUGCUGACCUGUACCCGGGCCUGAUACCCUCUAAGGGCACCGAGACACUUCCAUCCCGGCUUACUAUACAGGUGGAUCAGAUGGCAGCUGAUAUGUCAGCUUUAAUCAGCGAUGUUCUAGCCGGACAGAUUGUUCUGGAAACACGCACUAGAAUUCCAGGCAGGGCCACCUUCCUGAAGAUAUUCAAAAAGCAUGCCGUCGCUACAUCUGAUUGUCGAUUCACUAUUGAUAUUCCUUCCCUAAAGAUUCAAAGCCAGGAAUGCAAGAACAAGACUAAAUUUUGAUUAAAUCGACUAAAGCAUGCAUCCCCACCACGCUUCUUCAGUUUCGCCUUGCGCACCAUAUACGUAGGAAACAGUAAGCAAGCUGGUCGGUUAGUUCUUCUUUUCAUCAGUUUCAAUCGUUUCAGAGAAAGCAAAUCCAUUAUUAGGGUGCUGCGUAUAUUCUGUGUUUCUCUCAGCCACUUCUAGAGAGUAGGGAGUAGAGGCUGGAAAAACAUCUGUAUAUUGUAAUCAUCUGCAAACACAACUACUGCUAUUUUAUUUUCAUUUUUGCUACUAAUGGUUACGCAAUUCGAUGUCUCUCCACACAUUGAGCAGUUUGAACUAGUAUUUAGCAAUUAUUGUUA